AUGAAGGUAGCAGUUCUUAUCCUGACCGCUUCAGUUCUAGCAGAACCAAGCAAGGUCGUUCAGAAACGUAGCGGCUUAGUUGGCCAUUACGGUCUCGCAGGGGUGGGGGGCGCACUCAUAGGACACGGAGCCAUAGGACACGGGGCCAUAGGACACGGGGCCAUAGGAUACGGGGCCGUAGGAUACGGGGGCGUAGUGGGACCGAGCUUAGGGUACAGUGCCGCGGUGGGUCCAAGUCUAGGAUACAGCGCAGGCACUAUUGUGGGGGCGGACGUUCACACUACUGUCACUAAACACGUGGGUGUACCCGUCCCAGCGCCGUACCCCGUGGCGGUUGACAGACCUGUACCUUACCCUGUCAAGGUGGCAGUGCCAGUUCCUGUUGACAGACCUUACGCAGUCCCUGUGCCUAAGCCGUACCCUGUAGCUGUUGAAAAACAUGUCGCUGUCCCCGUUGACAGGCCCGUACCUGUACCUGUGCCUCACGCUGUACCCUACCCGGUCAUUAAACAAGUCGGUGUUCCCGUACCCCAGCCAUACCCUGUUGCAGUGCCCAAACCGGUAGCUGUACCUGUGCCUCAACCCGUGGCAGUGCCGAUAGUGAAGUCCGUGAUCGCAGCACCCGCUCAUAUAACCGGUCCAGUCCUAGGAGACGGCCUUUACGGUCACGGUUAUGCCGCUCACGGACUAUCAGCUCACGGAAUAUCUGGGCAUGCCAAACUUUGGUAG